CGGGAGACGAAAAUCCUACCUAAACCUGUAUGACCAACAAGCUUCGAGCAUCAGCGGUACUAGAGCAAUAUCUCUAGCACGCGCCGUAUGCGUAUCGCAUUCUAUCGAAAAACUUAAACUUCCGACUUUGUUCAUCAGUUGCAAUAACAAUAAGCCACAAUCUCCGCCUCCGGGGCGAACAAAUACAAAAUGCCUCCUCCACCCCUACCUGCACGGGAACACCAGCAGUUUCAACUGUUGAGCCAUGUCUCUCCGUCUGUCGUGGCGGACGCCAGUGGGGUCCCCGUCCGCGUGCAACAGCUUUCCACCAUUCUGGAGGACGAAGAAGCUACAACCUGCUCGAACACGGCAAAUAACUCAUCUUCCAGCAGUACACUCACAGCGAACGCGAACAAAAGCCCACCGCUGGACAAGUUCCAGGCAGCGGUGAAGGCGGGCACGGUGGAUCAGUUAUUAGAACACACCGACGCUGCCGGGCUGGAGCGACUGGUGGAGGAGGUCGUGGCGGAAAGGAGAGCCAAAAGCUCGGUAACGGACUUUCUGAACUCGAUUCUCCGUGAAGUGACAAGGAGGAGCUCGUCGUCACCUCCGUUGGGGGAGCAGGAGGACGAAGCUGAGUGUUUUUUACCUGGCAACUAUCUAGUACAACACCAAGAUCCGUGGCCCACACCGCAUGUUGAAAGCCACCACACUGAUCAACAUGCGUCUAACAACUAUCAAUAUCAUCUGCAACUCUCCCCGGAUAUUGUCGACCCGUCAUUGCUGAUUCACGAUUCGCUCCAGCUCUCGGCCAGUUUUCGGGGAGACGAAGCUUUUGGUUCUUGGGCGGAACAACAGCAGUCAGAGGGGGAACUUGUUGGUACACGUACAUCAUCGACGACAGACGCGAAAAAGAAUCAACAUCGUGCGCCGACGGAUGAUAGCGAUUUCUACGCGCCAUCAAGCACGAGAGCAGUAGAUGUAAACCAACUCGCUGUCGAAGCGACCGUCUCCUCUGUCCUUGAAACCGCGGCGCAGCAGGCUCUGAUGCAGCUUGGCGAGGACCACAGUUUGCCCGUCAUGCUUCCACGAAGUACCCCGGGGUCCUCCCCUGAUGAUGAUGAUCGACUACAGGUAGCAGGAGCACUUCGCCUUGGACAAAAUUUUCAUACCAAAACGAACUCGUCGGCGUCGAACAGCGCUUCCCUCGACGACGAUAUCAGUGCUGCUGAGGAGCUAGUAAACCAGCAGGACCACGACGACGACACUAUUGCUACGCCGAAGCAAUUGAUCGAGAAGAACCCCCGGCGGAGGUCGCUGCAUAUUGACGAAGUGGAGGAGCAGAUCCGCAGGAGCUCGGGACGGGAGUUGACGCCGGGUGUUGCGGAUGCCGAGGAUGCGCAGACCGACCAGCAGAAUUUUCAGAUUUCUCCUAACUUGAAUGACGCACACCAACACGAUUUUCUUGUCAACGAUGAAGAAGACGAUGAUGAUUUGUCCACGUCGCUACCCGAAGCGGUCAUCUUUGCGCCGCCAAGCAGGAGCUGUGUUGUACCACCGCCGCCAUUGCCACCGGUUCUUGCAACGAGUGCUCCACAACAUGUGACGAGUUACGAGUUAGAUCAAACCUGCUCUCAAGAAAGAACAGCUUGUGGGCCCACCAGUAGUGCGUCUGCAGCUCAGCCGGCGUGUAAUGUUGCCGUUGUUCUUUCACAACCUAAUUCGGCGUCUAGUGCAGCAGGAGGGAGUCGGUCCCGGGGGGACUCGCGGGUAGAGAUUGUGGUCAUGGGCGAGCCGCCGUCCAUGCCGGUGACGCAAACGAGCUCGCCGGAACUGAAUAACGAGGUAGAGGAUGUUGAAAGUACCUUUCAUUCCGCCCUUGCUCCUGUUUCUGCACCGGGUGCGCCGGCAACAGCAAUUUUAUCGGAUAGGCCGCCUCAUCAUCAAGGAGCCCUGUCUCCAUCUCGAGACCACCACGGGGAAUAUGUUGGUUCUACACAGCUCCUGCAACGUGGUCACGUUCACGACAAAGCCAAUGGAGGAUCUCCUGCUCCUCUAAAUGAUCACGACUUCGUCGAGGUCCUCGACGUGGUCCCACCAUCUUCUACACCCUCUCUCGCUGAGAAGGCGGGCGCUCGGUUGCAGCAGGAGGGUGGACGAGGUCUAUCGACGGGUAGUACAGUGUCCUCCCGCUUCGAGCGGGUUCUCGCCGAGCAGGAACAGAUCGAACUCCGGCGCAGAUUAUCAAAUGUAAAAGUGUCUGGGUCUGGAAGAUUGCAACUUGUCAUGCAAAAUCUGAAGCAUGCAAAAAUCUGUGUUGCAUGAUUACCAAAAGUCGUCCACUUUUCACCAAGUCGGGAGGGAGUUUCUCAUGCAGGAUAGGCAUGAGAGAGAUCGCACAGAAUCUGUCAUGCUAGGUCCUGCAUUCCAGACCUCGUGGGUCAUGGACAAGCAGCAUGACAAGUCGCGCAUUCUUCCAGACCCAGACAUCACUUUUGCACUUGAUACAGAUUUCACACACGAGCGAGGACCAGGGGCACCAUCACAGGCGCGACAGCGUCCGUCUUGAUGCAGCAACAGCAGCAGCAGCCGUCGGUUGGCAGUGCUGGCGCAGCGGCUCCACGCCCGUCUAGUGGCACUCUUCUAAAUGGCGGAACCGCCCCCGCUCGUACUAAAACAUCGUCGCCGGGAACUACCUUUGCAGGUAUACUAGCCGCGAAUGGAACGCAGCUUUCUUUACAACAAGACUUCAAAGCCGAAAACUACACUUCCCAUCUUCAGCACGAACAAGUAGAAGUCGCUGAUCUGACGUGGUCCAAGAAGCAUUUUUCAAAUCUGUACCGCACGCGGGUGUUGAAGAAGGAAGGAGUGAAAGGAGCUAGUACAGCAGCAGCUGCCAGUGAAGAUGGGGCGGGUCGUGCUGGUGUGGAAGCUGGUGCAACAGCAGGCUUGAAAAGAUCUUCGUCCAGCAGCAGCAAGACGUCGGCGUCGAAGAGCUGCCCCUCGGUCAAGCACUUCUUCAAAAAAGAAAAAGAUCAUCAGCGUGGACCAGCAACAACUCCUGCGUCCACGUCAUCACCAGGAGGGAAUUUUACUGUCGGUGUGCCUGCAGGAGGAAAACGAAAAGAGCAUUUGACAACAUCAGCAUCACAUCAACCCGGAGUUCAUCCUCCGUCCCGAAAAAAUUCCAACCCGUACUUGCUCCGAAAAGACAGCAGUAUAGUGGAAGAGUACACCUCGCUUAUUGGGAAGAAAGCAGAGGCCGAAAGCAUCAAGAAACUUGGAAGUCGAAUGGGCAGAAAAACAUCAAAUCCAAAAGUAAAAGAGUCGAGUUUGAGUUGUACUACACCGGCGGGAGAAAGUCACAACAAGAAUUUCGCUGCUGCUGAUGACGGUGUCGGCGGAGCAGUGAACGUCAAGAAAAACGACCUGCAAUCUUCCGCAGCGACCACAUACACGAGCACCGCAACUUCGCCUCAUGCUGUUGACCCCGGUACGACGGAGCAGUUUGAACUACAACUACCGAAGAAAUUCCGCGACGUCAUCCAAAAUCUGCAGGAAGAGCUUAAACUCCGCGACACGCGGAUCGCGGACCAAGACGCCGUGAUCUCUGCGCUGCAGGAAGAAGUAGGGUUUCUGCGGAGCAGUAGACAAAUCUUUGUUAGUAACGCCACAGCAGAACGGGAAAUCAGAAUGGGGGCUGAUCAUCAACUACAUGCUGAGCAGGAGGUGGAAGCUACAAAUUCUGGCGUCAGUAAACACGUCUUGCCGCCCGAGAACAUCUCUCGAGAAAGCCCACCAGCUACAGAAGCACAGCAGCAAGGAAAGGAUAGGGAGGCAGCGAUUGCCAGUUCUCCGCCACCGUCCCAGCACCAGCAGUCGCCGGAAGGAGCGAUAGAUGCUUCUACGACCUCACGCGCUCUGUCACGACAAAGUAGCGGCAAGCGACUGGUCUCUUCCCCCUACAGCGGUCGGGAUUUACUGUCCGAGGCGAAAUUGGUAUUGCAGCCGGGCGGGCAGCACAACAGGAACAGUGAUCAUGCGACGUUGUCCGAUGAUGCAGGUAUUUCCUCUGCAGCUGGAGUGGCCGAGGAUCUGGAUGUUUCCGGAGUCAGGAAAGAUGAACGUACUGCGGGAACAGCUGGUACGCCGCAGGAAGAGUGUGCAGAAGUAGCAGCAGAAGGAGUUGUUGUAGAGAAAAAUAACUACGACGAGCAGGCAAUCGCCCGCCUUGCCCACGAACGCGUCCAGAAAGUGAUCGAACGCGCGGACUGGCACACGCGGCAGCAGCGGCAGAUCGAAAUGCGAUCGCCGAAAAACCUGCAGCUGCACAAAAAAGACAAAAACAAAAUAUCGUUUCCAACUGCUGGAGAAAAGUCGCAGUCCGCAGCAGAUACUGCAGCUCGACUCGAUAUUACCCAGGGCGGGGCUACUUGUAGCACUACUUCUUGUGCAAAACUUCGCGUGAUAAGCCUGAUGAGUCCCCCGACGCCGAACUCUAUUUUUGGUGCGGCUGCAGCCCCGCCAGGAGACCGAUUGCUCGCGAAAGCCGCGGUUGGAACGCCCGCAGUUGAUGUUGUCGGGGCUGAAUCUUCAGUGUCGUUUCUGACGAAAAGUAGAGCUGACCAUGCUGCUAUUGGCGCGCCAGAGCCAAACCCAAAAAAGACGAAGAACGCCUGCAGCGUCGAUAAAAGUACUGCUGUAGCGAACAUGAACUGCAAUCCCGCAGCUACUGGUAAAGGCUCUAAUGGUAAUGGUACGGGACCACGACCAGCAGGUACGCGACCUGCGGCUGUAACGUCUUCAAUAACGUCAGCCAAGUCCGGUACUGCAGCAGCUGCUUUCAGCGAUCCAAGGAGCGUCAUGAGGGACUUCCACCAGAAAAAAGCGAAGUCCUCAACCGCAGCACCAACUACCGCGGGAAUGGAAAGUGGAGGGAGAAAAACAGGCAAGAAGCGGGAGCCACCCGCGGGCUACGCUGCUUACUUGCGCAAUUUCGCAAAAAAACUUGCCAAGGAGGGGCAUAGUGUUUUCUAGUCUUGUGCGGAGCGCCGGCUGUUUUUG